AUGUGGUUUGAGCAGUUCUACUCGGGGAUUAUCACCACGGCUUUCGUCGCCGGUGCCUGUUAUAUGAGCUAUCCAUUUAACAAGUGGGAUGUGGGCCGAAAGUUCCGCCGCAACUAUUGCACUAAGCAAAGGUUUAAAGUUUUUUUUUUUGAGUUUUAUGCCGUGUUCAAAGUAAUUUCCGCGAAAUGCGAAAUUGUCUCUGACCCUCCAAAAUUUAGUUAUCUUUCUCUUUCUCUGACGGCUAUUUUGAAUUUCGCGGAAUCACUUUGAACAUGGCAUUAACUUGUGAUAUUUAUUUUGUUAACACGCUGUCUCCGUAAUUCUCAAAAAGAGUGGGUACAAUAGAAAAAAUAUUUUUUGAUUUUGAUGAAACUUCACCCACUUUGAUAGUCUGUCAUCAGGAAUGCCGACGCAAGUUUUCAGACCGAUUCCUCCUACCGUAGCUAGGUUACGGUAGGCAGGUGCGUCUUUUCGUAUGUAAGAAUCUACGCGUUCUUUCUAGGCGUAUUGUAUAUCAAUCGAUAGGGAUUGCAAUUUUAGGAACUUUUUCAGUACAUACCAUCAUGGGUUACUGUAGAAAUUUUUUGAGUUACGGUAAUUUUUGUGUCUGCGAUUUUGGUUUUUCCGUCACUCUGUGUGUUCGGGGAGAGACCACGGCUGGUAACUUUCCUGAAACAUUCUUCUCAGCAAUACCUACGGAGAGAUACCACUUUGAAAUGGAUCUGUCCUACCGGUCAUUUCGAAAAAUCGCUUCGAAGAGGCUCAACUUGGCAUUUCUCGGGGAAAAAGCGCCCGCGGUUAGAGAUUUCUACCUCUCUUUUUCUCGUCAGAUCCGGUGCUAAAGUUUGUUUCACUUGUUAGUGCAGGGUUGUACUUCAUAGAUGAUAAUGUUCCCUCCGACUUUCAGCCUACCCUUCUACCAUAAAAUUCAGUUUGAAGCCGAUUUUGGCCUAAAAACAACGAUUCUCAGAUUUCAACUUUUUUUUCUGAGCUCAGUCCUACUGAGGCUGGGCUCCAAAGUGUCUUUUAUUACUUUUACAUGCUACAUGAGCUAUUUGAUCAAGAAAAAACUGUGUUUGAGCCUACCCGUCAAGCUCAAAAUUCAGUUUGAAGACAAUGUUUGGCCUAUUCUUGCUUGAAUCCCUGAUGAACGAAUUCACAAAAGAGUUUCUCAGCGCCUUGAUACUAGAACGUAUUCCAAAUUUUGUGAAUGAUAUGUUUCGAGAGCAGAAAAGUUCAUGAAAAUAUUUAUUUUCUCGUCAAAAUCUUCAAAGUCGAAAAGCGCUCGAAAAACAGGUUCAAUUCGGAUUAUUUCAAUCUAAAGCAAAAUUCAAAUUUUAAGAGACAGAUUUUAUCUAUCAAUAAUUUCUCCAGAAGAGUGAUAUAAUAUCGAAAACCACUGUUUCUAGGCCAGACUCGGCUUCAAGUUGAAUUAAGAGCUAGACGGGUAGGCUCAAACACAGUUUUUUCUAGAUCAAAAAAAUCAUGUAACAUGUAAAAGAAAUAAAAGACACUUUGGAGCCCAGCCUCAGUAGGACUGAGCCCAGAAAAAAAACAUGGAAAUCUGAGAAUCGCUGUUUUUAGGCCAAAAUAGGCUUCGAAUUGAAUUUUGAGCUAGACGGGUAGGCUCAAACACAGUUUUUUCUUGAUCAAAUAGCUCAUGUAGCAUGUAAAAGUAAUAAAAGACACUUUGGAGCCCAGCCUCAGUAGGACUGAGCUCAGAAAAAAAAGUUGAAAUCUGAGAAUCGUUGUUUUUAGGCCAAAAUCGGCUUCAAACUGAAUUUUAUGGUAGAAGGGUAGGCUGAAAGUCGGAGGGAACAUUAUCAUCUAUGAAGUACAACCCUGCACUAACAAGUGAAACAAACUUUAGCACCGGAUCUGACGAGAAAAGAGAGGUAGAAAUCUCUAACCGCGGGCGCUUUUCCCCGAGAAAUGCCAAGUUGAGCCUCUUCGAAGCGAUUUUUCGAAAUGACCGGUAGGACAGAUCCAUUUCAAAGUGGUAUCUCUCCGUAGGUAUUGCUGAGAAGAAUGUUUCAGGAAAGUUACCAGCCGUGGUCUCUCCCCGAACACACAGAGUGACGGAAAAACCAAAAUCGCAGACACAAAAAUUACCGUAACUCAAAAAAUUUCUACAGUAACCCAUGAUAUUAUGUACUGAAAAAGUUCCUAAAAUUGCAAUCCCUAUCGAUUGAUAUACAAUACGCCUAGAAAGAACGCGUAGAUUCUUACAUACGAAAAGACGCACCUGCCUACCGUAACCUAGCUACGGUAGGAGGAAUCGGUCUGAAAAACUUGCGUCGGCAUUCCUGAUGACAGACUAUCAAAGUGGGUGAAGUUUCAUCAAAAUCAAAAAAAUAUUUUUUUCUAUUGUACCCACUCUUUUUGAAAAACUUUUUGAAAAAUUACAGAGACAGCGUGUUAAUACGCUUACCUUGAUCAAAAACCGUGGGCUGAAAAGAAAAAAAGCACUUUUUCGGCUUUGUGAGUUUCAAAUUUGCACUACUAGAAAUGACUGGAAAAUUAUAUUUUUUAGGAAAAAUUAAUUUUUAUGCGUCUAGAAUUAGACAAAAUCCCACUUUUAAAGCAAAAAGUAGCAAUGUUUAUUCAAAAUGGUCACGUCUAAGCAGAAAAGGGAAUAAAUUUAGCGAAAAAAAAAGAAGUUAUUUUGACUUUCCUCAUUUGCACGUAGUACAACGGAAACAACUAGACAUAAUUAAAAAAAGUCAUUUUUGGGAAAAAUCAAUUUUUUUAAACCAUUAAAUGUGUAGGAAUUCAACUUCUGAACCAAAAUCGCAAUAUAUCAAAGUUAUUUCCGCAAAAUGGAAAAUUAUCUGACCCUCCAAAAUUUAGUUAUCCUUUCUUUCUCUGACGGUCAUUUUGCAUUUCGCGAAUCACUUUGAACUCAAAAUUGUCACGUUCAAGCUGGAAAAUGUGAAAUGGGCAAAAAAGUCCUUUUUUAGGUUUUUUGCGCUCCAAAUUUGCACAUAAGCUAGAAAUUUAUAGUUUUUUAGGAAAUUUUCGCUCCAAAAUGUACAAAAUCUCAACAUCAGGACCAGAAUAUUUCCAUAUUUUACUUACGUUCCCCGUUUCAGGGUGGAUUUAUGCAAGCGCGACCACCGGCUGACCGGAAACCAGUACACCAUUUCCGGGCUCGAAUCGAUCCGCGAUUAG